AUGAUGAAAAAACUCCACAAAGCAUCACUCAACUAUCCGGAAUGGAAAAGCGCCAAUCGGCCUUCAUGGAAACCAUGGAUUUAUCCGGAACAACAGAUGAACAUGGAACGCAUCAAAAUGUCCGACUGUAAAGCGUGUAUUUACGAACAAGAACUGAUCGACGAGAGUUGUGUGGACGUGAAGGACUUGAACGACGAUGAGAACAGUGGUGAUUAG